AUGCCAUCAUCAUUAGCGUCAGAUUAUGACCCGGCUAGUCUGCCAGAUUUAUUACCGCUUUACUACAGACGGUUGUUUCCUUUCUCCCAGUAUUUUCGCUGGCUAAACUAUGGAGGAGUGCACAAGAACUACUUCAUGAAUCGAGAGUUCUCCUUCACACUCAAAGAUGACAUCUACGUCCGCUACCAGUCUUUCACCACACAGAAUGAGCUGGAGAAGGAGAUGCAGAAGAUGAACCCAUACAAGAUUGACAUUGGAGCAGUGUACAGUCACAGGCCCAAUCAGCACAACACUGUGAAGUCAGGAACCUUUCAGGCCCUUGAGAAGGAGCUGGUGUUUGAUAUUGAUAUGACUGAUUAUGAUGAUGUCAGAAGCUGUUGCAGUGCUGCAGACAUUUGCUCCAAGUGCUGGACCUUGAUGACCAUUGCUAUACGUAUCCUGGAUAGAGCUCUUCGAGAUGACUUUGGCUUCCAGCACCUGCUUUGGGUUUAUUCUGGCAGAAGAGGAGUGCAUUGCUGGGUGUGUGAUGAAGCUGCCAGGAAGCUCUCUGUGGCAGCACGCUCCGCAGUGGCAGAGUACCUCAGCCUGGUGAAGGGCGGUGAUGAAACCGUGAAGAAAGUAGUGCUGACAGAUCCAAUUCAUCCUUUAAUCAGGGAGUCUUUGGCAGUGGUGGAGAAUUACUUUGACCAGUACGCAAUACAGGAUCAGGACAUACUGGGCCGCAAGGAAUCUGUAGACAAAGUGCUGGCCCUUACACCGGAAGAUGUUAAAAAAGAAUUGCAGCAGGACUUUCAAAGUGAGAAGAAACCUGGCCAUCGUUGGGAACUGAUCAAAAAACAAGCCAUCAGGAAACAGGGUACUGCCAAGAAGGGACAACACUUUGAGAAAGAAAUCAUGCUGCAGUAUUGUUACCCACGGCUUGAUGUGAAUGUCAGUAAAGGGGUGAACCAUUUGCUGAAGAGCCCCUUCAGUGUGCAUCCCAAAACAGGACGCAUUUCCGUUCCGAUGGAUCUCAAAGAACUCGAUACGUUUGACCCUUUUUCUGUGCCCACAAUCAGUCUGAUCUGUGCUGAGUUGGAUCGGCCCAGGACAGGUGAAGAAGAAGAGAAAAUGGAUGAGAGCCAGGACAAGGAAAACGAGAAGGAUGCAGCAGAGAGACGGAAGAUCAGAGAUUACAAAAGAACCAGUCUGGCAAAGUAUGUGAAACACUUGGACCAGUUUCUGGAUGGGAUGGCUCGUUCGUGGAAAGGAGAACUUCUUAAAAAGAGUGAUCUUCAGAAGGAAUUCUGAGCUGGAUCAGUAGUCGGUGAUAUUCGGAGGGAGCAGCGGUUUCUGGCUGAUGAUGCAAACCGUCCUGUUUUUUGGGGCUUUGUGUUGUGGUGGGAUGAAAUGUUGCCAUUUAUUUCUGAUGAACAAUAAUUUCAUCUAAAUCUUUUUUAUUAUAAUCCUCUCUUUCUUACUGCAGAAUUUUCUUGU